ACCCUCUGUCUUUACUCUCACUGUCUUUCCCUCAGACUUCAUAGUUAACCAUAGUGGAGAGGAAUUGGGACAUGAUGGCAAUGUGCAGCUUUUGGAUGUAUUUUGGAGUUGUAACCAUUCUUGGGAGUUUAAUGGGCCUGGUGCAAUGUAACGAGGAGACAGAACUAAUUAGCGACUUGUUCAAAAACUACAACAAGAAUAUUCGCCCAGUGGUUCAUCCUGAAGACAAAGUUGAAGUUCAGAUCAAACUGACGCUUACUAAUCUUAUAUCACUGAAUGAAAAGGAGGAGACUCUUACGUCUAAUGUGUGGAUUGAGAUUCAAUGGGAAGAUUACCGCCUUGCCUGGAACAAAUCUGAAUAUUAUGGCAUUGAUAUUAUUCGUGUCCCAUACAACACUGUUUGGCUUCCUGACAUAGUCCUGGAGAACAACAUUGAUGGUAAAUUUGAUGUAGCUUAUUAUGCCAAUGUGUUGAUCAGUGACAGUGGUUGGAUGUACUGGUUGCCUCCUGCUAUCUAUCGUAGCACCUGUGCCAUUGAGAUCACCUACUUCCCAUUUGAUUACCAAAACUGCACGUUAGCAUUCAGAUCCCAGACAUAUAGUGCCAAUGAAGUGGACCUCAUCUUGGCUGUUGGAGAAACAGGGGAGAUUAUUGAGUGGGUGGACAUUGACCCUGAGGCAUUUACAGAGAAUGGUGAGUGGGCCAUCGUCCAUCGUCCAGCCAAGAAGAUGAUCAACUCACGCUAUUCCCCAGAUGACCUGGAAUAUCAGGAGAUCAUGUUCAAUCUGAUCAUCCAAAGAAAGCCCCUCUUUUACAUCAUCAACAUCAUCCUGCCCUGCUCCCUCAUUUCCUCACUGGUUGUUUUGGCUUACUUCCUACCUGCACAAGCUGGAGGACAAAAGUUGACUGUGUCCAUCUCUGUCUUGCUGGCUCAGACUGUCUUCCUUUUUCUUAUUGCUCAGAAGAUCCCUGAGACUUCUCUCUCUGUCCCUCUUAUUGGCAAGUACAUUAUCUUUGUCAUGUGCGUCACCACUCUCAUUGCUACUAACCAAAUUGUGGUGCUGAACUUUUCGCUGCGCAGCCCCAGCACUCAUACAAUGUCCCACACCAUCAAGCAUUUGUUCUUGGAAAUGGUACCUCGCUUCUUAGGCAUGUCCCCACUGGUGGAUGACAGUGAGGUAACAGCAGAGGUAAAUGGUGUGAAGGAGCGGCGACGCAGUUCUUUCGGUCUCAUGCAGAGAGCAGAGGAAUAUGUGCUGAAACAACCUCGGAGCGAAAUGAUGUUUGAUAAACAAAGAGAGAAGCAUGGCCUCCGGCGUUCAAUUGUGGAUAAUAUAGACGUCAGUAGCACAGCCAACCUCUACAAGAGUUUGGCCCAAGCAGCACCUGAGAUUAAGCAAUGUGUGGACGCCUGCAACUUCAUUGCUGAAAGCACAAAACAACAAAAUGACAUUGGAUCUGAAAUUGAAAGCUGGGUGCUGAUUGGGAAGAUGAUUGACAAGGUGUGUUUCUGGGCUGCCAUUCUUCUUUUCAUCAUCGGCACUGUGGGGAUCUUCCUAACGGGACACUUCAACCAAGCCCCGGAGUUUCCAUUUCCUGGGGAGAGUAAAAAUUAUGUCCCAAGUUAAAGAAAAAACAAUAAUCCAUCAGCUCUGUCAAAAUAUUUCCAUGGUUCUAUUUGCCUCAUGCUGUCUAUCAUGUAAGCAGGGCUGCUUAUUAACUUCCAAGGUAAUAUUCAGAGUUAAAUCAGGUGAAUCUGUGUUAAUGAUCACCAUCCAGACUUUAUCUUUAUUAGCACUAUUUUGGCAGCUGGGGAUUUUCAUUCAAACUUACGACUAAGUUUUAAGUUUGUCAGUGUAAGGAUGUAUAUUUCAAAUCCAAUUGUUAUUUAGAGAAUGUAAAUCACAAUUUUAAUAGUAAUUUAUGAAAAUCUGAGCAUUUCAUUUUAGUUUGUUUUUUGGUAAGUGAAUUAAAGACUCAGUAAUAUGAUUUUAAAUAAGUCCAGACUAGUGUUGAUGAAUUUAAUAAAAGUAUGUUAAAACUGCUUCAUCAUCAAGUUGAUUUACUGUAUUGACUGUUCACAUAAAUAUUGCAGCUAACUACAUAGCUGUAUUAUAUAAAACUAUGUGUACAUAUUGCACCUGAAGUAAAGAAGAAUCUCUAACUAAAGAGUUGCUUUUUAUUAAUGUGAUUUUGUCAAAUUUCCAAUCUUGCACAAACUAAACACACAUGUAUCAGACUGAAAACAUGUCUAAAUCUGUCUCCCUGCUCACAUAAUGUCUUACAAGAACCUGUGCAGGAAAUGGCAAGACAUCUCUUUUAUCGAUGCUUUCGCUGUAAAUCAUUAUGUUAUUUUGUAAAAAUAAAUAUUUUAUUUUGCCCAUUA